CGGAAAAGUUUACAAAGUUUCAUUCCAGCGAGGGCACAUGAGCGGGGGAGACGGGGAUAUGACUCAAUAUCAAAAAUUGUAUGCUUCAGAGUUAAAAAGAAAAGGAAUCACAUCGAAAUUUAGUGACACUAUCUGAUUUUUUAAUUGUGUGUGGUGUAUGCUAAAAGGAACUUCGAUAGUUUCACGUGGAAAAGAUGCCCCAUUCAUAAAUCGCAGGUGACUUAUACAGGUAAGCUUUUGUUGCACUAGACAAACCACUAGACCGUGACAAUGAACUCCGUACAUCGAUUCUUCUGUCUCGUGCUGGUCAUCUUAUUUGGCCAUGGAGCAGCUGUCAAACUACGAUGUUUUGAACUUGAUGAGUGCUACUGCAAUGAAACCACGAUUAAAUGCCACAGUAACGAGCCACUUGCGACUACAAGACUCAACCAGGAGUUUUUCCAGCAGCUUCCUGACUUUAUCCUUAACACUACAACCCAAGUGAUAGUUUCUGGUGGUAACAUAUCAGAGCUAAAUAAAAACUCAUUUGGGGUAUGUGCAGGGGACUCUUCCAAAAGUCACCCUUCUUUGAAAGAAAUUGUGUUGAGAAACAAUAACAUCCAUACAAUACAUGGUCAGGCGUUCCAUUGUGUUCCAAAUGUUGUGCACUUAGACCUUUCUCUAAAUAGCUGGGUCGUCAGUAACGUGAAGCAUGCAGCCAUCUUCUCUGGUGUCCAGAAACUGGAGAAACUGGAGUUGACUGAUUCAAUGAGAGACCAUUAUUCUGGUAAGCGACACAUGAGGCGCCUUUCUGCUGUUUUCAACAAUUCACAUUUGUCAGCGUUAGAGGAGCUCUAUCUCGGAAAAAACGAUCUUUGGACUUUUUCCUCAGACGCGUCAUCAACACUAUGUCAGGUAACAAAGAACCUUCGAAUCUUAGACUUGCAUUCGAACAAUUUGGCAAAAUUGGUGUUUGAUUCUUGCUUUGGACAAUUGAAGAAAAUUCAACUUAUCAACCUGAGAAACAACAGCUUCAUCGGAGUUACCAGGAAGACGAUUGAAAUAUUCGACCAGCUUUACGAAAACAAUAAUAAUUUUAUUGUCGAUUUCCGCGAGAACCAGUGGGAUUGUGAUUGUAACCUGGUUGAUUUCGUUAAAUGGGUCAAGACUACUAAAGUCACUAUCAGAGGCAAGCAAAACAUGACUUGUCAUGAUGGUCAGAACUUUGGCAAGUACUUGUGGGAUAUACCGCCCAGUGACUUGGUGUGUGUAGAUGUAGCAGUUGCACAAACCGCCAACACAGGGGUCAUCGUCAUAAGUGUCCUUCUAGCUAUCAUCUGCUGUGUUGUCAUCGGUGUUGUGAUCAUUAAGCGAGAUUCCAUCAAGGCGGCAUAUUCCGGAUUUAAGAAAUCCUACUUCGCAAAAGACGUGCAAUUCAGCUAUGCUUCGGUCAACAAUAGCAACGUUGACGUUUGAGAAAACAUAGUUUAUGGCAUCACUCGGUGAUAGGAUUUGGCGGUUUUAUAGGUCAAUGUCGCCGUUAUCUAGUUAGUGCAGAAGUCUUCCCAAAUUAUAUUGAGAUUCAACAACAGAAACCUACGCUUUUCUCUGUCAAAACAAAAGGCAGUGCAAUUGUCGGUUACGUAUUAUGACGUGGUUUUGGUCCAAAGUUGUGUCGUUAUCUGGUUAGUGAAAAGAAAACAAUGAUCUGAGCUGUAAAACAUGACAUACGUCAACAUAUUUGAUGUUAAUAUCACACUUUUUUCUUCAAUCAUCAGUUACAGGUAUAGAGUACAUAUAAUGGCAAAACACAGCGGUAAGCUGAGGCUAUGGUACUUUCAGUAUCGCAUGUCUGUUGUAGCCGUAUUAUCCAUCCUCGAAUGUCAUGGGAUCCUUAUACUUUAAAGCAAGUGUGUUGAGUGGUGCUAUAUUGUAUAAUGUUAGUGUAUAAUUAUGCAGUAUUUUAGUGUAAUAUUUUAUAUCUAGAUUUACAGUUCGUAUUUCGUGAUCACUACGCCUACUGGAUUAAGAAUUAGGCGAUAAGAUUUAUGAUAACAGAUUUGACGGGUUUAUAAUAAAGGACACGGGAGAAAUCGGCGACCCUGCGUUGCGUGUCACUGGUUCACACAUAUCCAUGGUACAAUAUACUAUAUAAUCAGCUUAACUAUUGAUAAAUAUCAGCAUUACGGAGCUAAUGUUUUAGGUCGUGUGCUAGAUUUAUGCCAGGUAUGCGGGUUGUGGUAUCAAGCGAUGUCUAUAUACAUUUUGACGAGUGCAGUAAAAUACAACUACAAUUGUAUCAUUGCAUUAAUUGUACCAUAGGCGUCUGCAUCUAGUUUGUGUUAGAGAAAAAAAUAAACCAUACUCUGCAUAGUUGAUACAGUACGUGUAGAGAUUUUUUUUCUAUAAUCCUAACCAGAUGCAGCCGCCUGUAAUUGUUCUGUGUACUAUACACAGCCCUAUAUAGAUAUUUUAUAAUCUUAAAAGAAGUUUUCGUGACGUUAGCGGUGUUACUUUAGUAUUCACGAAUUACGUACAUAUGUAUACGUAUAUUAUUUACUAUAUAAAUUGUAACAUUGGCCUAUAGCUAGCCUAGCUAGGGCUUGUUGGUACCGUAGGUCCUACAUGUACGUUAACGUGAUUCAGUCGUGCUGUAUGUGUGGGUGGUCUAGACGUGAGAAUCUAACACAUACGUACACAACACGAAUCGUACUAUCAGUUUAUGAAAGCUUAAAUCUUUUGGAGAAAUCGCUAUCAAACCAAUCAAUACAUUGUUCACUGUUUAAAUAAACAUCCCCGUUGUACAGAACUUAACCGGAGUCUGUACAUAAUCGUUUUAGAACUGCCCAAGUUACCAACGAUCGGUUAAAACGAACACGACCUUAUUUUACGAGAUGGCAGUUAUAUAGUAUGUAUAACCAUUGUAGAAUGUGUAUACCGGGUUGACACAGGGGCCAAUUGUUUCGUCUGCCAACCAAUACUUGUAUUUAGCUAACCGAAGUUUACCAUUACUCUGUACAUGUAUUGUGUAUUUGUUUGACAUUACCUCUGUAUACAACUUGUUUUUGGAGUUAAAUUUAAAAAACUCGCAUAUCUAUGUAUCAAAAUUAAAAUUUCACUGACAACAAAAGCAUAAAUUUAUAGAUUUCCCUAAAAAGCGAUUUUAUUGGUUGGUAAGAUGUUCAGACGGAUUUAUAUCAAUUCCUAUAUCAGUCUACAUACUGUAUGUACUGUUUACUGGGUUGAUAAGCGAAUAUCACGAGAUAAGAGCAAUUUGCUGAUGCAGUAGAUAGGAAUGUGGAAAUUUACGUCUGUACAAUUUAUGUUUAUUAAAAGGGCGUCAUUAUAAAAAGGGUAAUGGAAUUUGCAGGCGACUGCUUUAGGUUAGUAGAAUUGUUUUUCUUAUAAGUACAAUUGUAUAUGCGAUAUGAAACAACGAUAUUACGUUUCAGUUCAAUUGAGUUUUUGAUAUUUUGGAUGUAGCGAGUAUAAUACUGUAAAAUAAGAGCACACCUGUGUGUAUGCAGUUGCAAUACAGAGUGGUAUAGCUAUACUACUGUGAGUGUCAGCAAGUUAAUAGAUCACAUUCAUUAUGGUAUAAACGGCACACCACUAGACGGCCAUUGAUCAAUGCGUAUUACCGAUAUAUACGAUAAAUUAUUAUAGGGGUCGGAUCGAGAUGCAACUUGGCCAGCCAAGGGUGUUCAAUACGAUACUCUAGUGAAAAGGAGAGUAUGGUAUUGAACACCUUGGCUGGCAAAGUUGGGGGAGAUGGUUGAGUGUGAUCUCGUCAUAAGGAAUCCGCUGCUAUUUCUCGAGUAUUACCCUUUUCUUUGUUGGUAGAAUUCAAGUAAGGGAAACUCGUCAACUGUUAAAAGUUACAUGCAGCUGCCCUUUUCACACACUCGCACUAAAGAAUUUGAGAAUGUGUAUAAGCCUAUGAAGACAAUGAAAUAUUACACUAUUUACGUGUUAUUUUUAUAUAAAAUAAUUGGCAAGUUGCCCACUCCUAAAAAGUAUGUAUGCUAGUUUAUAAAUGUGACAUUUCAAAGUGGGUUACAGCAACAAGCCAUUCCCUGGCAAAUUCAUGAACAAACCGUAAUGGACAGGAACACUAGUAUGAUAAAUUUACUUCAUUUAUUACUCAUAUAAAUCAUGUAUAGAUGUAAACACACACCUAACGCUACCUAUGACCAGGUGAGAUAAUGUAAACACACACCUAACGCUACCUAUGACCAGGUGAGAUACUUGUUGUCCACCGCCCUGUUUGUAGUAUGGGAUCAGAUUAAUUUUACGUACGGCGUAAAUUUGAUACUUGUGAUAUUUAAAUACUUGUAGUAAUCAAAUGAUUAAACAAACCCGUUUGGGUUCUUAUUUGAUAAUGGCUUAUCCAAAGAGCAUUACCCUUAAUGCGUGUACACUUGGAUUAGGGGUUUUCUGGGAUAAAUCCAGAUAUGGUCUUCAGAACAGGAUAUCCUAUUGUACUGAGGCUAUGGGGAGAUACCAGAUCCAAGUGGUAUCUGUUCAUCCUCCCGACUGUACCUCGAACUUCGCUAACCAAAGAUAUUCCAUACUUAUUGCUGGUGAUGUUAGAUUCACCCAUUCUCCAUAUAUGGACACGUCUGUAAACAGCAGUGUGUGUAAUCGGCUUCAUUUUCACUGGAGGUCAUCACUCAGUACAGCCAUUAGUUCCAAUCAAGACAAAUUAUUCUACUGAAUAUUACUGUGUAUUUUUUUUUUUUUUUUGAAAGUAGUUUGUAUGAAAUCAAAAUUUGUUUUGAUUUCUAGAAUGCAGACAUUGAUUUUUGUACAUGUACUUACUUAUAUGUAUUGUUAAAUGGACUUUUUUGUUAUUUUUAUAUACAUGUAUAUUAAUUUCACUUUUUUGUGACCUUACACAUUUAGAUUUCUUUUGUAUUCGGUAUGUACCAACAUAUAUUUUCAUAUACAAGUCUCUUCAUUCCAUGGUUGUGUUCCUAUAAUCUGCAUUUUGUUUGGUUCCUUUAUCUCUGUUUAUUUAGAUCAUCAUUAUAACACUGUUUUGAAUGUGCCAUUUCAGAGGGAUUUCCGGUACAGGGUUUUCAAAUGUAGUUGCUUGUAAGUUUACAUCUAUUAUCGCUAUAACGCCACUAUUAGUCUGAUGAAAUGACUUGUAUAACCUUGGCGGCAUAUAAGGGUGAAGUUCUCCAAAUAUGCUGUCGGUGAUCACCAUAAGUGUGGUACAUUCUUUGUAUAUGUUACGAUCGGGGGACGUUUGUCAUAUGAAAGGCCGCUGACCAGUCAUUGUAUUAAAACUUGCUAUGCAUUUUCA